AUUAGGAAAGGUGUCUCUUUUCUGCACCUCUCUCUCUAUAUAAGCGGCCCUUCUCGUCCUUGGAGUCUUUUUAUUCAACACCCUUCAGGACAGCAAGCGAUCGGGUGCGGCGGUGUCUGCCCGUCUGGCUCUGUCCUGGUCUUUCGGAGAAUCGAGGCUCUGUUUCUGGGAAGAGCUGGGCUUUUUCGUGUGGGGGGAGCUUCUGGGGGGUUUCUCUUGGCUUUUCAAGAAAUGUAUGCAGAGACAGGACUGAUGUUCCCUUGCUUCCAGAACUUGUCUCAGGAAGUUCAGCAGCUUGAGGAGUUUUGGAAACCCCACAAGUCAAAUGCCUCUGUGGGCAACCUAAUUCAGGCCACCGCCAUAUCAGAAUAUGACCUUGGUGCAGAAGGGGAUCUUUUCAAAGCUCCAGAGCCUAUAAUAGAAGAACCGCAGCUGGUUGUGGGCCUGGAUCCGAUGACAGCAGCCAUUUCGAUGAUGUCCAGUGGGGAAGAUGUCAUGUUGCCUCAAGGACUGAAGGUUGCAGAUUUUAUGUCGCUUCAGAAUGACCCACUGUUCAGCGAGGUCUUCUAUGAUUGUAAGAAGGAUCUCCUGGAGAAAGCAGGGAUUAACGCGCCACUAGCUGGAACUUUCGAUGAAAAGAUACCUCCUGUGAGGAUAGAUGAAAACGAAUCCCUAAAGGAUGAGUUGUCUUUUGAUGAGCCAUUUCAGAAAAGUGUGAGCUCAGGAAGCCUGACCUCGAUGGACUGGAUGCAUGGGGCUGCAGCAAAGCCGAGUUUCCUGGAUUUUUCAGGACUUGAUUAUGGAGCUGUUUACGGGAUGAGGAGGGCAUUCAGUGAAGGAGACAUAAAGACUCUUGAUAAUGGUAAUGUGAGCCUUAUCUAUUCUCCACUUGAGCAGCCGAUCAUUGUCAGCAACUGCACCAGCGAAGAGCGCCGGGAGAAGCUCUCAAGAUACAGAAACAAGAAAACAAAGAGGAACUUUGGGAGGAAGAUCAAGUAUGCAUGCAGGAAGGCGCUUGCGGACAGCCAACCCAGGAUUCGUGGAAGAUUUGCAAGGACUGAGGAAGGUGAUGCUCCCAAGAGACAGUAAAUUUCGGGCAUUGAGUACCAAUAAUGAGGCUGCAAUAGCCGUUCCAGAGGAAUACCAGAGAGAGUUUAGCCUCACAAAGAGAGCCAGGGAAGUCGAUGAAGAAGGGUCAUCGAAGUUAGGACUCGGUAAACGGAAUCCCCAACUCCUGCAAACUAGUUGAUCCUCUAGAGCCACCGUAGUAACACUCCUAUAUAGACCAGAAGCUGCCGGCAAGAUCUGUACAUAGGUUUGUUGAACAAUAAAGGGUGGUCGAGAAAGAGAUGUAGAUGCUCGUAUUCGCAUAUAUAUAAUUUCGUUCAUGUA